UCUCGUAUAGUUGGAUGACUUUCUAAAGUUUUCUCUUACAAAAUUAGGGCAUGAAAGCUUAAUGUAAAAUUUAGAAAGUUGAAACGAGUUUGAAAUUUUCAUUUGCUCCAUAUCUAGCGCUUAAGUUGGGCAAAUUCACUGAAGGCUGAUUAAUCGGCGACGGCGGCCAACAACCGACGGCGAAGCAAAGGGGAUAUUUUUUUGAUUUGAGCCUCUCUCGCCUUAUACAUACACACCACCAUCACCGCCCUGUACGGCGCCCUUCUUCUACAUCACCAUGUCGCGCUACCUUCUCUGUUAGCUAUCGUUGUUGGUGGAAACCGGAAUUCUUCACAAACACUAACAACUUCUUCGCUGGAAACCGCACUUCGUCAGACCACCCAAUAAAUUAUCUGACUAACUCAGUCUAUGGCAUCUGGUGAAGGUUUAGAUGUAAUGCAAGUGAAUAAUGGUUCUAGAAGACCCCGGAUUCUUCUAGCAGCAAGUGGAAGUGUAGCUGCCAUAAAGUUUGGAAACCUCUGCAGCUGUUUCUCUGAUUGGGCGGAUGUAAAAGCUGUUGCCACACAAGCAGCUUUACAUUUCAUUGACAGAGCAUCUCUUCCAAAGGAUGUCAUCCUCUACACCGAUGAACACGAAUGGUCAUCCUGGUCAAAGAUUGGAGAUACUGUGCUUCACAUAGAGCUUCGUCGAUGGGCUGAUAUUAUGGUAAUUGCUCCCCUGUCAGCCAAUACCCUUGGCAAGAUUGCUGGUGGGCUGUGUGACAACUUGCUGACAAGUAUUGUUCGAGCAUGGGAUUAUGAGAAGCCGAUAUUUGUGGCUCCAGCAAUGAACACUUUUAUGUGGACAAAUCCUUUUACAGAAAGGCAUCUUAUGACAGUGGAUGAACUUGGAAUUACGCUUAUACCCCCCAUCUCUAAACGGCUUGCUUGUGGGGACUAUGGCACUGGUGCAAUGGCCGAACCUUCUCUCAUCUUCUCAACUGUACGCCUCUUCCUCGAGUCGCAACCAAAUUCUUCAACAAAUCAUUAAAUCUUAAUUUCUCUUGUAUUAUGAAACCGCUAAGAUCAUGGAUAGUUAUGUAAGACUGGGUAUAACAGGUUGUAGUUGUAUUGUGUUUGGUAUGCAUUCGUUAACAUGAUAAAAACUUAUAUGAGGUUUUAAA